AUGUCGACUUCGGCGUGGUGUCGAAGAGGUAACCUGGGUCUCAAGGGGGCCAGCUGGAAAUCCCGUAGGCUGGUCCAGGCUGGCGAGAUAGAUAUCUCAUUAGCGACCCUUGUCUUUCCCCCUUACAUCCACAAGAGCGGACGCCUCUUUUCACAUCCAAUCUGCAUCGGGUGCGAGCUCGGGAAACGGCACCAAGCCAGCACCAAGCAACACUUGCAGGACCGCGGCCCAUGUUAUCGGAUCCAUUCCACUCCCACAUCGGGGGACAUGCCAGCCAGUGAGGAAGAUGCUCACUCUGAUGACGUGAUUGGCGAUGUGAUGAGAUGGAUGUAUGUUUACGCGCUGCAGCAGCUGCUUCUUCGAGGUAACUGCAGCAGCAGACACGAAUAUUUGGCCGAGUCUUGUCUUGCAGCCCUUCUGUGCCUCUCUCCCUCCAGACCCGUCAACAACGGCUUUGGUCGCAAGCAGCCCUUGUCCAGCCUUCCAUGUCGACUAGGCUCAACUCGGCGUAACUGGGGAGGAAUACAGAUCACGCUCCAUUCCCGACACGUUUCGGGAGUCAAUAUCGGCACUCCUAGUCGGCAACCAGAGCACGAGCUUAGAUUACAGGCCGCGGACUUUAGAUUCGGGCGUGCAUCUGUACGGGAGAGAAAACCACACCGGGCACAAGUUGCAGCUGCCGUUCGUGCCGCCGCAUCAUAUAUCAGAUGCAAGACCUCCGGAGAGCCGAUUGGAAGAUGUCGCGAGUGGUUGAGUUGGUUUUCCCAUGAACGCGCGCGGCUUCAUCCGCUAUUGCGACGUGCCAACCUUGGAGUCGUGGCUGGGACACCACGUUGCUGUCCCCCUCCCCCUCUUGCUUUCGACAGGUCGACCCCCAACUUCCAUUUCUCCAACUUUGCUUUUGGUGUUCGGAUGCUUGAAGACAGCUCUGAAAUCCGGGAUAUCCGCUGCUCGGAAAGUCCGCCAAAACAUCUCGGAAUGAUCGGUGAUAUAAGAAGACGCCAACUUCCUCAUCGCGACGGCGUGCUUUCCCCAUCGGAUCUGGAUUCAUCGACUAUCGGAAAGGGGGUUCGGAAGUCCUCUCUGUGCGACUUGGCCUACCGGGGUUGGUGCUCUGCGCCAUACGGAAAGCGUCCACGGCUUGUGUCAAUGGGUUCCGAGGUUACAAGGCAGACCAUGAGCGUCUUCUCUUGGCAAAUGAAAUGCCUCAUCUUGUUUCGCGGGAUUCGGCGAACUCUUGCCCAAACGGUCAUUGACCAGGCAAGGCAAUGUCGUUCACCAAGAUGGAUGAUUGCCCACGAAAAGGGACGCAUCCGAAGCCCAGAACCUGGAGAAGCGGGAAAAGCUAAGCUUAACGUCGAUAGCGUCGAAUCCCGCCAGAUUGGGCCGUGGCUGCCGCUCGUGUGUUCCUUGAGGCCUCAAACUGCAUCGAAUUCCGAAGAUGUGGUCGCCCAAACGGUCGUGCGAGGGCUGUGGGCGAAUAUCUAUCACAUCAAUGGUUUCUUUGCCCAACGUGCUAUGCUUGACUCGAGAUACAACAGCCAGGUAAUGGCCCUUUCCGGCGGCAGUCCGCAAUUGAGUCGUGGAUUCGUGGUUAAUGGGUUGAGAACUUUGAGAGGGGGGGGCAUCGCCUGGGCUCUCUCCUUGUGGACCAAUAGAAUGCCAGUACCGAGUACGUACCGGAGUCACGAUUUGGUUGGACAAACACGACCCACCGUGGCGGGCAUCGCACGUGCAUUUUCUUAUCUUAUCUCGUAUGACAUAAGCAGAUACGUACCGGAGCAGAUAACGCACCUCAGGUUCAAGGGACGGGAAGGAGCAGACAGCAAAGUACGUAUUCAUACAAUGGUUAGACUCGAAGGAGAACUCGACGACUGGCACGGCAUUCUCUUCCAAACCACAACGCACAUCUACAAAGCUGCCUCGCCUCAUCUGAUUCUCUUAUGCCAUCGAGUCAGCCUCACCACAUCGCUGUGCAAAUUUCCAACAAUUUUCACUCUAGAACAAUGCCAAAAUCACAAGCGCAAACUACCAAUGCUCCCCCGGAAUGGGGACACCCCAGCUCCCAACGUCUCCUUAACGGCCAAUAGGGCCGCCAUCGGGCACCCAAGUCGCUUCGACAGUGGAGAAUUACAAUUCUCCCAAGGCCCCAGAGUCCAAGGGCCCCUCUCACACAUCCACCACGCCUCACGAUUCGCGACUCUGAUAGCCCACACCGGGACGCCUUAUCACUGCCGCAGUGCCCCAGACCAGGCGGCGGCUGGUUGGGCAAUGGGCACACAGCGUCUAGAGACUAGAGUGCAGACCGCACCAAUAUUUGCAAGGCAUGUUGGCGCAGCGAGUCGCAGCACAAGCACAGUGACGGCAGAGAAGCCCGCCAGUUUCCAACUGUGUUCUGCGGAAGAGGAAGCGCAAGGCAAGGGCCGAGGCGGGAGCGAACGCUAUGCCAAAGGGCAGACGAGACGAAAGGACGAGACACUUGACAGCGAAGAAAGAGUUUGGAAGUUUCCAACGUCGGCCCAUUCCACUGUUACAACUUACGCCGCCCGGACGACAAUUAACCUCUUUUCCCACCCACCCAUCCGACUGUCUGGCAUCCCCCAUCUUCUCCAUUUCCCGUCGAUCCGUUCAAGCCCAACGACGGGACCGCGGUCCAUGGACGAUGGGGCACCCAGCGGGCUCCAUGGCUCCGUACGGGAUCCCGCUGUGCGCAGGCUGGCGCCCCGUCGAUGGCUGCCCAAGCGGCGACGUCAGGUUCGAGAGGGCACAAAAGCGGACUGGGCCACUAAGGCUAAAGGCCGCGUUGGACCGGGUCUGGAAUGCCCUCUCGUCUCCCGCCAGGUUUGGACGACGGGUGCGAUGACCGAUACGGCACUGAUGGCCCUCGUUAAGGACCGACAAUCACUGUCGCUCCUCGCGCAAAAUGCCAUGCUGCGGUCAAUAGCUUGUCCAACGACGAAACAGGCUUUGGAUACCGAGUUCGAAUGCACUUUUGCAUCCCUAUUGGUGUUUCUGGCAUCAUGCGGGAGAGCUGCGGGCCAUCAAGAAGGCCAGGCAAGCUGGGAUCAUCGCUCAAGCAGCAUCGCCAACACCACCAUCUUCCUCGUUCAGUCUGACGAACCAAGCCAACCCUGUCCUGGCUUCCGUCCGUCGUUCCAAGAAGCCUGCUUUUCCACUCCACCACAAAUCUCCUGCGAGUGCCCGUAUCUCAUUUCGCAGCUCCGGUGGUUCAGCAAGAACAGUCAGCUUCAGGAUCGUUGUUGGGGAGUGUCGAGUAGACGGAGGACCAUUAUCGGGUCUACUGUCACAGGCCCAUUUUCAGAGUCUAGAACACCGAGUCCAGUCACUUGUCGAGUUCAGUCCGGCUUUCCAUCGCAUCACCCGUCUUCGCCCACUACCAUACACCAUGUCACAUACCAGUCUCAGAAACCCUGGAAGAAGCCACUCGCACGCCACUCUAACGCAGGGCGGCGCCGCUACUCCAUUAUCCAAUCCAAAUUCCAAAAUAGCCCACUGGACCCAAGUCGGGUCAACGGCCUUCACCGACACUAUCGGCGCUAUUGGCCUGGAGGUGUCGUCAUCGCCCUGAUUCUCAACUCUCGCAAUACGAGCGACUUCUCUCGAGAUUCACAACCACGAACUCCUGUCAUCACCCGAUCAUUCCACAACCUCCCGGGAACAAACCAUCACCUGUGA